AUGUGGAUAUUUAGAAAAUUUGGUGUUCCUCUCGAUGGUCUGCAUUUUCCCAUGAGUCCCAACAAUAAAAUAGGUGCAAAAUGUCUGAAUAAUUUUCAUUUAAAAUUAAACGAUAAUGGGGUUCUUGAGGAUGCAAAUGAGCAGGUUGAUAUUGUUGAUUCUGAUAAGGAACAGAAGGCACAGAAGAAUGAGGAGGGAAGGGAAGAAAAAGAAGAGGAGGAACUGGAGAAAAAGGAUCAGGAGCCUGUUCCCUCUGCCACUACUGAAAGGGUAGAAGCUUGUUCUCUAGGGGAACAGGGGGAAGCACUGAGUAAGGGGGAAGCUGAAGAACAAGGUGAGGAUGUGGAGGAUGAAAAUGAUGAUAUUGAUGAUAGUGAUGAGGAGAUUCAACUGCCGGUUCAGAAGAAGCCUGUAACACCAAGGAAAAGUCGAAGGCUAGCUUCUAAGGGAAAACACCCGGUUGUGACUUUGGACGAUGACACUUCCUCACACAACACCCUUGAACCUACCUCUGACGCGCCUCCCUCACCAAAGCCAGCCACACCACCAUCUCAUCAGAUUCCAUCACCACCACCAUCACCUAUACCAUUUACACUACCACUAGUUACCACACACACUUCACCUGGCUUAGGCUUUACUAAUUCCUCUUCUGUUCCUACAGCUCCACUAGACUCCAUCCUCUUGAAGCUCAACGAUCUAUAG